UGGCGCGGCCAUGGGCGCCUCCAAGAAGCACCGGGAGCGCGGCGCGGCCGAGGGGACCGAGGAGACCCCGGGAGCGACCGGGACGGGCAGCGGCGGCAGCGCGGGGCGGACCCGCGAGCACCGCAAACACCGGCACCGCGGCGGGGAACGGCGCGGGAAGCGCAGCCGCUCCCGCGGGGAGCGCGGUGGCUCCGGGGGAGGCUCCGGUUCCUCCCGGCGCGGAGGCGCUGAGGAGCCCGGGAGGAGCGGCCAUGGCCGGGGAGGCUCCGAGGGCGAGCGGAGAGCCAAGAGGGAGAGGAAGGAGGAGCGGGAGGAGGCCGCACCUCCCAAAUCCGCAGCAGGCGAAUCUUCCCUGAGCGUGGAAGAAACCAAUAAACUCCGCGCCAAGCUGGGGCUGAAGCCGCUGGAAACGAGCACGGCCAAGAAAGAGGCUGGCACCAAGGAGGAGCCCGUGGCAGCCGAGCUGAUCAAUCCCCUGGCGCUGCGGCAGCGCGAGGAGAUCCGAGAGAAGCUGGCGGCGGCCAAGGAGAAACGGCUGCUCAACCAGAAACUGGGGAAGGUGAAGACGCUGGGGGAGGAGGAGCCGUGGCUGGACGACGCGGCCGCGUGGAUCGAGCGCAGCCGCGCGCUGCAGAGGGAGAAGGAGCUGGCGGAAAAAAGGGCCCGGCUGCUGGAGGAGAUGGAUCAGGAGUUCGGGAUCAGCCCCCUGGUGGAGGAGGAGUUCCAGCGGCGCCGCAGGGAGCGUUACAGCGCCCGGGACCUGCAGGGACUGACGGUGGAGCACGACCCGGCCUCGAUCCCCGAGGGACAAACGCUGGUGCUGACCCUCAAGGACAGGGGUGUCCUGGACUCGGGCGAGGACGUUCUGGAGCAGGUGGCGCUGGCGGCGGCGGCCAAGGCGCGCGAGGAUCAGGAGCUGCGGCGGCGCCGCCCCCCCUACGAGCCCUACGGCGAGGAGGAGCCCGGCCCCGCCCCGCAGGCCCCGGCGGCGCCGGCGCUGCUGCCCCAGUACGACGAACCCGCGCCCCGAGCCUCGUUCCGCCUGGGCCCGGGGGGCACCCAGGACUCGGGGGGGGAUCCCCGGCCCGGGCCCCUCCCCCCCCCCGGCCCCACCCCCCAGAGCCUGGAGCUGCCCCUCCCCCGCCUGGCCCAGGAGUACCUGAGCCCCGAGGAGAUGUCGGUGUCGUUCCGGCGGGCGCGGCGCCGCGUGCGCCGGCUGCGCAAGAAAGAGAAACCGCUCAGGGCUGACGAUCUGCUGCCCACCGCCCCGGGGGACACUCGGGGGGACUUCGGCUCCAGGUCUCGGGGCCGGGGCCGCCGGGAGCAGGAGGAUGAGGAGGGGCCCGGGGGGGACCCCGAGAACGGCCCCAAAUCCCCCCAGGGGACCCCCCAGGAGACCCCCCAGGACCCCCUGCCCUCGGAUGACACCAGGACAGAGAACAUGGACAUCAGCAGUGACGAUGAAGCAGCCCCCCCAGGGACGCCCCCAGCCCUGGAGGAGGACGAGGCAGAGCAGGAGCUGCAGCAGCAGCUGGAGCGGGGGCGGCGCCUGCGGCAGCUGCGGGAGCUGCGCGAGGGGGGGGGAGACAAGGUGCUGGAGCUGCUCCGGGGUGGCCCCGGGGGGGUCCCGGGGGGCUCCGAACCCCGGGGUGGGGGCGGGGGCAGCAUCGUCUUCAACGCCACCUCGGAAUUCUGCCGGACCCUGGGGGAGAUCCCGACCUAUGGGCUGGCUGGGAACAGGCCUGAGCAGGAGGAGCUGAUGGCCCUGGAGCGCGCCGGCCGCCCCCCGUCGCCCCCGGAGGCGCCGGACUCGGAGGGGGAGGAGAACGUUGGGUGGAGCAGCGUGAACCUGGCAGAGGAGAGACAGCAGCAGGACUUCUCGGCCUCGUCCACCACGAUCCUGGACGAGGAGCCGAUCGUCAACCGCGGGCUGGCGGCGGCGCUGCUGCUCUGCCAGAACAAGGGGCUGUUGGAGACCACGGUGCAGAAAGUGGCUCGGGUGAAAGCGCCGAACAAAUCCCUGCCCUCGGCCGUGUACUGCAUCGAGGACAAGAUGGCCAUCGAUGACAAGUACAGCCGGCGGGAGGAGUUCCGCGGUUUCACGCAGGAUUUCAAGGAGAAGGAGGGCUACCGGCCCGACGUCAAGAUCGAGUACGUGGACGAGACCGGCCGCAAGCUCACCCCCAAAGAGGCGUUCCGGCAGCUCUCUCACCGUUUCCACGGGAAGGGCUCGGGGAAGAUGAAAACGGAGCGGAGGAUGAAGAAACUGGACGAGGAGGCGCUGCUGAAGAAGAUGAGCUCCAGUGACACCCCCCUGGGCACGGUGGCGCUGCUGCAGGAGAAGCAGCGCGCGCAGAAGACGCCGUACAUCGUCCUGAGCGGCUCCGGCAAGAGCAUGAACGCGAACACCAUCACCAAGUGACGGCUUGGGGACACCUUGGGGACAUUGGGGACACCCAAGGACACCCUGGGGACACCCCGGAGCCACCCCCGGGGACAUUUGGGGCCACCCUGGGGACAUUUGGGGACAUUCUGGGGCCACCCCGCCCCUGGGGACAAUAAAACUCUCUGGGUCA